UAGCCCCUCCCCCGGGCUCGCGACAGUUGCAUAACCCUCACCGAGGGUCUGCGCGGACAGCUAAAACUGCGACUAAAACGGGUUAAAUGACAUCAAACUUAUGCUAUGGCUUCCAGAUAAACGGUUAUUCGCUUUUAUCUUUACGUGGCGACGGAUUUCCCGCCCCCAGACAAACACAAAGGAAGGUUCAGGCGGAAAACAAAGCCCCCGGCCGAUGGUUGUUUUGAACAGACUGCUAACUUCUGACAGCAGCGGAGUUUAGAAGCUAGCUCGUCGCGGUGCAGCCAAACAGGCAUCGCAAAAUGGUGAUUUUCUCCUCGGCAGUUCGACCUCUGGUGUCUCAUCUACACCGUCAGCUCGUCAAACACGCCAAGAGUCGCCGAGUGACGCCUGUCAGACGAUGCAACCUCGCGGCGUGCUCCAGCAAAUAUGUGCUUUCUCAGAUGCAUCCCAUGUGGCAGGAGCCCCUCGCUGUUCCGGGAGGGGAUCGGCAGUCUCCCGUGGACAUCGCUGUGAAGAAGAGUGUCUUUGAUGCGGAGCUGAAGCCGCUGGUGACCAGCUACGACCCUCACACUUGCCAGCAGAUCUGGAACAACGGUUACUCCUUUCUGGUGGAGUACGACGACACCAAGGACAAGAACACGCUGACGGGAGGCCCCCUGCAGGACCAAUUCAGGCUGUGUCAGUUCCACUUCCACUGGGGUGAGACCAACGAGUGGGGGUCGGAGCACACCGUGGACCGACGACUGUUCCCUGCAGAGCUCCAUUUGGUCCACUGGAACGCUGACAAGUACAGCCUGUUUGAGGAGGCGGUGAUGGAGGACAACGGCCUGGCCGUUAUUGGAGUCUUUCUGAAGGUGGGAAAGAGACACGAGGGGCUGCAGAAGCUGGUAGACGCGCUGCCGACAAUCAGACACAAGGACAGCAUUGUGGAGUUUAACCGGUUUGAUCCCAGCUGUCUGUUACCUGGCAACAUCAACGACUACUGGACAUACCACGGCUCUCUGACCACGCCCCCUCUGACUGAAUCCGUCACCUGGAUCAUCAUGAAGCAGCACAUAGAAGUUAGCCAUGACCAGCUGGCUGUCUUCCGAAGCCUCCUUUUCACCUCGGCCGAGGAAGAAGUGCAGAAAAGUAUGGUGAACAACUUCCGAGUGCAGCAGCCUCUCCGAGGUCGCGCCAUCCGCUCCUCCUUCACCCCGUUCCUGCAGGAGGCGCCGUAAGCGGAGGGCCCUGAUGCUGCACAAAAAGCUGGUUCUAGAUCCAGAGGAGGGUUUUAUUUCUUAUGGUUCAAUCAUGUCUUUAUUAUCACAAAGGGUUUAGCCCUGAUGUGUUGGGUUGAGGUUAUUUUCUUUGUCUCUUCAGACCAGUUACUGAUGAGGGACGGCUGCUGUGGGGGAGGGGGUAGUUCUAAUGGCAUUAAUGACCUGAAUCAUAGUUAUUAUGCAAACUGCAUUUUCUUCUUCUUACUGAGCUUUUGUUGGUAGAAACCCGGACGACGCACGGGAGAUUUGAAACAAUCACAUCAGAUGUUUUUUUUUAUUUUUAACAGUUGCUUGAUGAAAACUCUGGUUGUGUGAUUCUUCUGAUUCACCGCAGAGACGUGAAUGUUUUGUUUUAUAGCUGUUACAAGGAGACCACGCCGUAUACGUCUGACAUUCAGAAACAUGCUUGAUUCAAACGUCUUUUACUUUAAACCGAGUUGUGAAACUCUGAAGCUGUGGUUCUCCUACGUAGAGCCCGUGUUACUAAUGCGCACAAACACACUGGUUUACUGAAGCACGGGCAUGGAAUGUUACAUAAUCGUUAGUGGGCGGGGCUUAUAGGGUAAAAUACCACAACCCGAGUGCCUUAAAUGUUCUCUCUGAGUCACUUCUGUUUGCAGAGAGAGACAUCUCAAAUCUCACCUCUAAAGGGAUGUUUUGGUCUUUUUGUCAGUUAUUUAUCUCUGGUGAGGAACCUACCUGCAGGGGGCGGGCCCAUAGAAACAGGAAGUAGUUUUCUGACUGGGGCAAUAGUCUAGGCUGGCUAACUUAGUAGCUUACAAACCACUUUAACUGACCUCACCUGCUAAGUGUAGGCAAAUACCUGAAAGAAGGUCACUUUAAAAUGAGCUGAAUAGCGCUUUACUGAUGUCUACAGUCUCACCAUCAGUCUGUUUUCAUAUGAUAUGAAGAUAAGUCGGCGCUGGAGUAGAUAAAUGUAAUAAAGCUGCCAGAUAGAACAAAAUAAAAACCGUAGUUUAGUGUUUGUGACGUGAAUCAGGUUGUGGGUUAGGAGUGUUUAGACUUUCAAUUACAGAUAGUUUAUUAACACUUACAGCAGCUGUUAGCGUCACCGUUGCUAAAUUCCAACAUUAAUUAGUUUAAAAAGCAUUUUAAGCUGCAUCUAGUGGAACUUAUCCAGCAUCUAAAGCUCCAGAUGGAUUCCUCUUGGGUGCCGUUGAGUGCUGAGAGGAUUUUGUAGCUCACGUUGGAGUCUGGUGUUCUUCCUGCUUCGGGUCACACCCAGCAGCUGUCGGUACACCGCGGGCUACAGUCCUGCUGGAAAGCUAAAGAUGGCCCAUGUCAGGAAAAUGUGGCUCCGCAGGCGUAAAAAUCGCAUCAUAUCCGACUUCUUUUAAAUGACACGGACAGACGGAGCUGAGGACGGGGUGAGAGGUCACGGCACAGCUAUCCAAACUGCCCCGAGUGAUGCUAACAUGUUGAGAUGGCUGCAGAAUAGCUGAAUAAACACCAGAGAGGCUGAGAUGAUCUUUAGCGUGGAUUUGAUGAGGUGAGGUUGUUUUUCUUUUGUGAUUUGUGUCAGGACUCAGUUCUGCCUUCAUCUUUGUGUUUAAAAUGUUCACCAUCGCCUCUGUUAACCUUUUUAUUAGUGUUUUAAUAUUAGAUAUGUGACUAAACGGCCUUCUGUCCCGUUACAGAUGUCAGAAAUCACUUAUGCAUGAAGACGCGCUGCGAUUUCUGCAUCUUUGUAGCUCAACGAGCUUUUAACCUUUUUUUUUUAAACCAGAAUGUGUCUGCAGGAUGUUUGUGUGUCUCUGCAGCUCACCGGGAUGUUUUAGCAGCUGGAGGCCGUGUUUGCUUCACACUGUACUCGGUUCAUAUUUUAGCUGCUUGUUUGUGCAGCGUUCAGCCUACAUUCCUGCCCAUCAGGGCCCUCCCAGCAUGCCUUGCGUCCCACCUGGGUGGCUGCUGCACAUCUCAUUUUAAAUGAACUGACAUUCGUGUCUGAGGUUGAAAAAUAAAGUAAUAUAUGAGACCAAAAAGCA